UUUGCACGUAAUCGCACAUGGUGCCACACUAGCGGGUAACCGUCUGCCUUCUAGAAAUCUAGAUUUACACCGAUUUGGCUUUAAUAAACGCGCUCACAAAACAUGAACAUGCACGAUACGGAGGAUAUGCCGCCUGAUGUCGACUAUGACGAGGAUGAGCCGUCGUUCAGCGACCCAGAAGACUUCGUAGAUGACAUCGAUGAUGAAGAACUCCUGGGAGACCUCCUACGAGAGAAGCCCCAGGAGGCAGACGGGAUCGACUCCGUGAUCGUUGUGGACAAUGUCCCCCAGGUGGGUCCCGAGCGCCUGGAGAAGCUGAAGAACGUAAUCCACAAGAUCUUCUCCAAGUUCGGCAAGAUCACCAAUGAGUUCUACCCCGAGGGGCCUGAUGGUUCCACUAAAGGGUAUAUCUUCCUGGAGUAUGGAGCCCCUACACAGGCUCUGGAUGCCGUGAAGAACGCAGAUGGCUACAAGCUGGACAAACAGCACACCUUCAGGGUCAACGUCUUCACAGACUUUGACAAGUACAUGAACAUCUGUGAUGAGUGGGAAACCCCUGAGAAACAGCCCUUCAAGGACUUUGGUAACAUGCGUCACUGGAUGGAGGAUCCAGACUGCCGUGACCAGUACAGUGUCAUCUACGAAUCAGGAGAGAGGACCGCCAUCUUCAACAACGACCCCAAGGAUCCAAUUGUCGCUGAGGAAAGGGCGCGCUGGACAGAGACGUACGUUCGCUGGUCUCCCAAAGGAACCUACCUGGCCACGUUCCAUCAACGAGGCAUUGCAUUGUGGGGAGGAGAGAAGUUUAAGCAGAUCCAACGUUUCAGUCACCAGGGGGUGUCUCUUAUCGACUUCUCUCCCUGCGAGAGGUAUGUGGUGACGUUCAGUCCCCUGAUGGACACAAAGGAAGACCCCCAGGCCAUCAUUAUCUGGGACAUUCUGACUGGCCAGAAGAAGAGGGGUUUCCACUGUGAGAGCUCUGCUCACUGGCCCAUCUUCAAGUGGAGUCACGAUGGGAAGUUCUUUGCCCGGAUGACUCAGGACACAUUAAGCAUCUAUGAGACUCCAUCAAUGGGUCUGUUGGACAAGAAGAGUCUUAAGAUCAGCGGCAUCAAGGACUUCUCAUGGUCUCCUGGUGACAACAUCAUAGCGUUCUGGGUCCCUGAGGAUAAGGACAUUCCGGCCCGGGUGACCCUAAUGCAGCUGCCCUCCAGACAGGAGAUCCGGGUCAGAAACCUGUUCAACGUGGUGGACUGUAAACUCCAUUGGCAGAGACAGGGAGACUACCUCUGUGUCAAAGUUGACCGCACGCCGAAAGGAACCCAGGGUGUCGUGACAAACUUUGAGAUCUUCAGGAUGAGAGAAAAACAAGUUCCGGUUGACGUUGUGGAGAUGAAGGGAGACCCGGAAUCUAAAAACGCGGAGAGCAUCAUAGCGUUUGCCUGGGAGCCAAACGGCAGUAAGUUUGCCGUCUUGCACGGUGAAUCUCCCCGAAUCAACGCCUCCUUCUACCACGUCAAAAACAACGGCAAGAUCGAACUCAUUAAGAUGUUUGACAAACAGCAGGCCAACAGUAUCUUCUGGAGUCCACAGGGGCAGUUCAUGGUGCUGGCUGGGCUCCGGAGUAUGAACGGGGCUCUGGCGUUCGUGGACACGUCUGACUGCACCAUGAUGAACAUCGCUGAGCACUACAUGGCCUCUGACGUGGAGUGGGACCCAACAGGAAGAUACGUGGUCACCUCCGUCUCCUGGUGGAGUCACAAGGUGGACAAUGCCUAUUGGCUGUGGACGUUCCAGGGUCGUCUCCUGCAGAAGAACAACAAGGACCGGUUCUGUCAGUUGCUCUGGAGGCCCCGCCCCCCUACGCUGCUCCCACUGGAUGCCAUCAAGGCAAUCAAGAAGGACUUGAAGAAGUACUCCAAGAUCUUUGAGCAGAAGGAUCGACUCAGCCAGAGCAAGGCCUCCAAGGAGUUGGUGGACAAGAGGAGGAGCAUGAUGGAGGACUACCGCCGGUACAGAGAGGCCGCCCUGCUGCAGCACCAGGAGCAGAAGGCUGCCCGCCUUGAACUCCGAGGAGGAGUAGACACCGAUGAGUUGGACAGCAACAUAGACGACUGGGAAGAGGAGACCAUUGAGUUUUUUAUCAACGAAGAAAUCAUUCCCCUUGGAGAGUAGUCCCCUACGCAGCUUUGUUUUUGCGCGGGGACUAGAGGGCUGCUGUGUCGUCAACUGGAGGAGGAAGAUUGAGCUCAGAAUCUUGGGACUCUUGGGAUUCCAUCAUUCUCUGUUUGUGACAUCAUCAAAGUGUGCCUUGUGGUAUAGCGACUACAGCAAGCCAGCAACGCAGGGUGGGAGGGGAAGAUCUACCUAUCAAAGUUAAACAUUUUUCUUCCACUAUCCUUUCCUUUUCUGGCACUUUUCAAUUUAACAGUACUCCUUUUUUUCCCUCCUCAAUCACUUACUUUGUGUAUUACUCAUCUUCAGCCCGUGCAGGCUGUUCCUCCAUGGCAAUGAUCACGUGCUUCUGUGAAGGGGAGGAUCCUGUGGUAGCUCCUCCUUGGGGAGGUGUGAGGACUGGGUGUGUGAGGGUGAGGAGGGUGUGUGAGGCUGGGGACUGUGUUGUUGUCCUAUUGCUCAACUGCUGGAGGCUGUGUUGUAGUGGUGUUAUACUGACUUGGCAGUUUCCUCCUCCGUUCAGACUAUCUGGUGGUGUUGUCAUCCAGCACAUAAUGAAUUUCAAUAAAAAGACAUGUCUCAAUAGUG